AGGCCAUCCGUUCGCUAGAAAGAUUAAUCAAACAGUUCGCUAACACCUCGUGCGCUAAGUUUACCUUGCAGGCAUUAAUUUAAGAGUUGGCAUUAAGGAUUGCAAGCAAUAGAAAUAUGAUUGGAAGAUGUAUUCUUGUCACUGGUGGAGCAGGAUAUGUUGGUACACAUACGGUUGUAGAGCUUGUUAACGCUGGAUACGAGGUUGUCGUUAUCGACAACUUUGUAAAUGCUUUUAGUGAGAGCAUGAAAAGAGUUGAGGAAAUAACAGGAAAGGAGCUUAAAUUUUAUUCUGUUGAUUUACUUAACAAAGAUGCCUUGAAAGACAUAUUCAGAAAACACAAUUUUUACGCUGUGGUUCACCUGGCAGCUUUGAAGGCAGUUGGUGAAUCAGUACAAAUUCCUCUACAAUAUUAUAACAAUAACAUCACUGGUUCUAUAAAUCUAUUGGAGUGUAUGAAGGAACAUGGGGUUUGGAAUUUUGUAUUUUCUUCCUCUGCUACAGUCUAUGGUGUUCCAAAUUGUCUCCCUAUCAGUGAAGAACACCCAGUGGGUAAUGGAAUAACAAACCCUUAUGGACGAUCCAAGUUCUUUAUCGAAGAAAUUAUUAAGGAUCUAUGCAAAGCUGAAGAGAAAAUGAAUGCUGUACUGCUGAGGUACUUUAAUCCUGUUGGAGCUCACAAGUCAGGAAAAAUUGGUGAAGAUCCUCAGGGUAUUCCCAAUAAUCUCAUGCCAUAUAUACUUCAAGUUGCUGUGGGCAAAAGAUCUCAUCUUAAUGUGUUUGGUGAUGAUUACAACACUAUUGAUGGGACAGGUGUGCGGGAUUAUAUUCAUGUGGUUGACUUAGCUGUUGGACAUGUCAUUGCACUGAAGCAAUUUGAAAACAAGUGUGGUUGCCAGAUCUACAACCUUGGCACAGGAAGAGGAUACUCUGUUCUUGAAAUGGUGAAAGCUGUUGAAAAAGCCUCUGGAAAACCAGUUCCAUACAAAAUUGCUCCACGUCGUGAAGGAGAUGUGGAUGCUGUGUAUUCUGAUGCUUCAUUAGCAAAGAAAGAGCUUGGCUGGACAGCAGCACGAGGAUUAGAUGAAAUGUGUGAAGAUUCGUGGAGAUGGCAAUCACAGAACCCAGAGGGAUUCAAAACUCAAAAAGAAUAAGUUAUAGCAAGUAGUAACUAAUAGUGGAUAGAUGCAAAUUGUCUUGUUCUUUGAAAGUGUGGAAUCUCUUAGACAGGGGUGUUAAGCUUAUUUUUAUUAGGAACCUUUUGGUGGGACUUGUCUGAUAACCAGGUACAAUACUAAAAAAGAAACUUAACUUGGUAUUACAAAAGGUUAGAGCUGCUCUAUUACUUAAUAUUGGAAAAAUUACUAAGGAUGAAAAUUUCUGUGGAAAUGUAAAAGACAUUAUCUUGAAUCACAAAAAUAUUAUUUUCAUUACAGAUGUAAUGACAUUUAUAGACACAAUUUAUAGUUCUUAGAAAUACGAUAGUAGGGCUUCAUGAAUACAAACUAAUAGAUCAUUUAUUUUCAAUAGUUAAUAUAUUUUAUUGACAAGUUAUCAAUUGACAUUGAGUGGGAAUAAAUCUAUUAUUACCAGAA